AUGCUUGUCGCCGAACUGAUCCACGGUCUAUCACACGAGGCAACCCAACACCCAAUCGCGUUUCUCUCCAAGUUUCUUGUCAUUUCUGCUCUGGUUUACUUCAUUGUGAACGAAAUAGUCCGCUCGAAGGCUCGUCUGUCCGGUUGGCACGGUCCCCAGGGACUUCCCCUCAUCGGCAACUUAUAUCAACUCAGAGGGAAUGCCUCCCAGAAGUACCGGGAAUGGGCGAAAGAGUAUGGUCCGGUAUACGAGGUUCAGCUAGGUAACCUGCCAGUCUUGGUUGUCAAUACCGCUGCUGCCGCCAGGGUCAUGUUCGGGAACAACUCGCAAGCGACUGCGUCUCGCCCUGAGUUGUACACUUUCCACAAGGUUGGAGUCAUCCUCUUGUCUUCGUCAAGUGCCAUCAUUGCUGACGCCAGAAAGAUCGUUGCAAAUACUGCCGGAACAACCAUAGGCACGUCGCCGUACAAUGAGUCUCUCAAGAGACGGAGAAAGGGUGCAGCGUCCGCCCUCAACCGACCCUCCAUUGAGACGUACAUCCCUCAUCUGGACCUGGAGACGAGAGACUUCCUCAAAGACGCACUCACCUACGGCAAGGCAGGAAGUGUCGCAGUAGACCCCUUGCCCCUCGUCCAGAGACUUAGUCUUUCCCUGGCAGUCACGCUCAACUGGGGCAUGCGAUUCCCCAGCCACGACGACGGACUCUUCAAGGAGAUCACCACGGUCGAAGGUGAGAUCAGCCGCACCAGAAGCGUCACCGACAACAUGCAGGAUUAUAUUCCCCUGUUGCGGCUCAACCCUUUCUCGGCCGGAAAACGCCACGCGGUGGAAAUGAGAUCCCGGCGGGACAGGUAUCUGUCCAAGCUGAACGGCGACCUCGAGGAGAAGAUCCGGAACGGGACGCACGAGCCCUGCAUCCAGGCCAACGUCAUGCUCGACGAGGAGGCGAAGCUCAACAAGGUCGAGCUGACCUCCAUCAGCCUGACGAUGCUCUCGGCCGGGUUCGAGACGUUUACCGCAGUGUCGACGUGGGGCAUUGGGUUCCUGGCUACGCAUCCCGAGAUCCAGCGGAAAGCUUUCAACGCCAUCCGGGAGGCCUACGACGAGUCGAACCCUCUGUGCGACGCGCACGACGACCAGACCAUCCCCUAUGUCCGCGCCCUAGUGCGAGAGUGCUUGAGAUACUUUACCGUCCUCCGGCUUUCGCUGCCUCGAGCAACUAACAAAGACUUUGUGUACGAGGGGAAGCUUAUCCCCAAGGGCACAGUCGUCUUUCUCAACUCUUGGGCUUGUAACAUGGACAACGAGCUGUGGCACGACCCCGAGGUCUUCCGCCCCGAGCGCUGGCUGGAGAACCCCGAGGCCCCCAUGUUCACCUACGGGAUGGGCUACCGCAUGUGUGCCGGGACGAUGCUGGCCAACCGCGAGCUGUACAUCACGUUCCUCCGUAUGCUGGCCAGCUUCGAGCUGUCUUCGGCCACCAAGAUCGACUCGGACCCCGUCACCGGAGCUGCCGACUUGACGAACUUGAUCAUCACGCCCGGGCAUUACAAGGUCACCUUCACCCCACGCAAUGAGGUGGCGCUGAGGAAAUCGCUGGAAACCGAGGUUGAGCACUGA